AUGUCCUUGACAACGGCAGGAAUCGAUCACAUGUUUCCACACAUUGUCGCGACACUUCUCUCUUCUCAUUCCGAUGUUGUGAAUAAUGAAAUUGUUAAAUUUAUGGAUCAUGGCGAUAGAUAUCGUAUGUGUUUUGGAUUUUUUCAGCAAGAGGUCCACAACAAGAAACAGGGCAUUACUGCACUGUCACCUGUCAUUUUGACAUUACUGGAUCACUUUGGAUUUGAAUUAUUUAAAUCUCGAUCUUGUCGUGUGUAUCGAAAGGCUGCUUCUUAUCUGAGCACAAUGAAGAAAUUAACUUUCCAAAAAUCUCGCACAAAAACUUGGUGGAUUUACAAUGCUUCGGAUCACAAACAAAUGAUGGAAUGGUAUCGAUUAUUGGCAUUUGACAUUUUUGAAAUUCUUGACGAUCAUCAAGAGGAUCGAAUGACUACAUUCCAAAAUGUUAAAUUGAAAAUUUUAAACAAAUUUCAAGGUCAUUUUGUUGUCCAUUCCGAACAGCCUUCACUUUUUGAAUUAUAUUAUCAAUUUUUGAAAUUAGAAAUUGAACAUUUACGAAAUAAUUAUUGGAAAUUUUCAGCACCAUCAAAUUCGAGUGAAGAUUAUGACAUUGGAGUAGAAUUAAUUUCUUUACUCACAUUGGAAUUGAAAAUUGAUGUUUAUGGUCAGAAACAAUGUGGAAAACGAGAAAUGUUGAGAAGUUAUUUCACAAACGUGUUUGGAGGUGAAAAUGAUUUUGAACUCACUCAACAUGGGAAUAUCAUGAUCGAUGGAUUGGUGGUACAAGUCAGUGUGAGUGCCGUUUCAAUGACUGAAUUGAAUAUAUUAACCAAAAAGAAUGUCGAUUCACAACCAACCAGACAAAAAGAUCAUCUCGAGGUGGUGAACCAAAACAAAGACGAGCCAGACGCUAUAAUUUUCGUUCAUGACUCGACAAGACUUUUCACAACAUCCACUUCUAAAACAUAUUCUCUUCGAGAACAAGAAUUGCAACAUGAACUUUUCCCAUCGUUACGAAAAUUAGUAUUGUCUCAUCCUUUCACUCCAAUUGUAGUGGCUUACAGCAAGUUCGAUUUGAUCGAUCACUUGUCAUGGGAUGGAUCUCCUCACACAGCAUUGGAACAAGCUCUGCAUGAAUUUCCUCAUGUGGUGGCAUUGACGAGUUUUUCUUCUCUGACACAAGCAGGUUUGCUACAAUGCUUUAACCAAGCUUAUCGAUCGGCCAUUAAUGCAAGGUAUGGAUGUUGUUAUCAAAAAGAAAAGAAGUGUGACAUUCAAUAA